CUACACCUCAAAUCCUUCCCCCUCGUAUCUCUUCCCCUCUCGAUCGCUCCCUGUCUCAGCCGGUAAAGAUGAAACGCCACGCGGCUCUCGCCAUCGCCCUCCUCCUUGCCGCGGUCGGCUUAGCCGUGGCCCAGGAACCAUCGCCAGCGCCAAAACCCUCGGACGGGACGUCCCCUGCGGCUGUAACCCCCUCUCAGCCAGCCGCCGCUGCGGCAACACCCGAAUCCUCCGCCGCGACGUCACCAACGGCGCAAUCCCCCGCCGAAGCCUCGUCGCCCAAGCUCUCGACGGCCGCCUCCGCCCCCGCUCCGGACUUCGCCGCCACCGCUUCCUCUCCGGCCACUUCACCACCGACCUCCUCCGCCGAUGGUUCCUCUCCGGCGACUUCUCCUUCUGCGUCGGGGCCGUCUCAGGAUUCCGCUACAGCGACUCCACCUGCAUCGUCGGGGCCAGCUCCGGAUUCCGCUGCGGCGAUUUCCCCUUCCGCGUCGGGGCCGGCUCCGGAUUCUGCUGUGGCGAUUUCCCCUUCCGCGUCGGGCCCGGCUCCGGAUUCCUCGGCCGCCGCUGACGCUCCCGUCGCGGAUUCGCCGCCGGCUCCGGAUGCACCAGGAGCCGCGCCGGAUGCGGACGUGGGUGUCGCUCCGGAUUUGGCUACGGGCGACACGCCGGCAGCGGCGCCAGGUCCCGACGGCGAAAUUAGCGACGAAACCGGCGCGGCAUGCCCUCCUGCCGGGACCGUCUUUGGUGGGAUCACGGUGGCUUUGAUCGCGGGGGUUGUCGCGUUCUAAGUGUUGGCCCGCACGCUGUUUUAAUGGGGAGUUGUGAAGGCUUUCGGUUGAAGAACCGACGAAUUCUUCAGGCAUAAGCAUAGAUUUGGUAGGGUUUCAUGGGAUCAAUACCUCUCAUAUCGUAGUAGAUGAUGAGAGGAUACAGAAGAUUAUUAUUAUUAUCAUCAUCAUCAUUAUAUUGUUCAUUCAGCUUGAGCCGAGCCUUUGUAAUUGUCUAAUGAAAGCACCUACCUUUUCUUUGAUUCAUCAUGUAGCAUUCAUUAUAUACACUUCAUUUUUAUAAGAAAAGAGUCCAGUUUUACAAUAUAGCGAGGCAGACUGGAAAGAAAGCAAGAUUUCCUUUUCUUAAGUAAGUAAUAUUUUUAUAUUACUGGAGGCAGA